CUUGUCGUGGUGUUGGGGCUUUCAACUAAGCCGACUCUGAAUGAGCAUAUGUCUAAAUGCCUGCCAUGGAUUUGGUGUGUGGUGUUGUUGCGGCCUGGGCUUUCAAACAGAGUAAAUGCUUUGGUGAGAAUGCUCAGUGUGUAUCUGUUGGUCCUGCAGGUGAGAAUGCUAUGCCAUGGAGUUCUGCAGGUGAGAAUGCUAUAGAGUCCUGUAGGUGAGAAUGCUAUAGAGUCCUGUAGGUGAG